AUCAACAAUACUGCUUUUUCAGUUGUUGAGUGAACGCGCAAGUGUCGGACGUAGGCCGCGUCGCCAAAAUAACUAUACGAAUGCUACAACAUACGAUGAUGUGUGUGUAGUGUGAUUUACAGCUUUUUGAGUGUUGUGAUAAAAUUGUGGAUUAUAAACCCUGCUAGUAGCGUGACAUAUUUAUACAUUAAGUCAGAAUGCCAUAUCAAGAAAUGAUGCCAGGAUAUGAUGACUCAGAAUCCCUGGAGUUGGGCGGAGACUGGAGCAUCUACAAGGCAACAUCUCUGUUAUCGGACAUGGUGUCAUUUUACGAUGACUCAGGACUGUAUGGUCAAACAGGUUUAGACUUCAGCCCCGUGUGUGAACUUCCAUCGAAGAUUGUUAAAACUGAACCCAUGACAGAUCUGCUGCCAGCUGAUGUCCAACGCCACGGAGACUGGCAGUACAAGACUGUCGAGGAAUGGUUGUCUUACGAUUGUCUCUUCUGGUUCAUCCAACAGAUGCAGGAACUUAGAGCGGGACACUACCUCACUGAUGCCAAGAUGGAAAGGUUUAUACACAUCGACGGAGCAGCCUUAAAGCAGAUGACAGAGGACGAUUUUACCACAGUGUGUCCUGAGUACGGAAUAGAGUUGUACAACAGGCUGCAACAGAAGCUUAAGUUGAACACCAACAACUCGUACAACACCUUCUACGCUCUGGACAACACUCCCCUGCCUCCUAUCGACCACUUCUCCACUUUCAGCCCUUCAGAGGAAACACACAAACUUACAGACUUGGACAACGAGAGUCAGCUGCCUCCCGUCCUGCCCUAUCUCUCUUCUUCUGAAACAGAGAGCAGUGGUUAUAAAUCAGACUCCAGCCUAGAACCAGCAGUUGAACCCACUCCUCCUCCAGAGAAACGCAGACCUGGCAGGCCAAGGGGAACUCGCAGAAAGAAGAAGCCAGAAAAGCUUGGGCGAUUGUGGGAGUUUAUCCGAGACCUGCUGUUGGAUUCCCGGUACAACCCCAGCCUUAUCUGUUGGGAAGACUACAAGGAGGGGAUGUUCCGCUUUGUGCAUAGUGACAGAGUGGCCAAGCUCUGGGGCAGCAAGAAGGACAACAUCGACAUGAACUAUGAGAAGUUGAGUCGUGCUAUGAGGUAUUACUACAAGAGUGAAGUGCUGUUGCCCGUGUACGGAAAACGGCUUGUCUACAAGUUUGGACCAAAGGCCAUGGAUGGUAUUCGGAAAAACAUUACCAAUGCUGAGGCAAGAUCGCAGUCUUCAUCUACGUGAAAGACUCAGUCAGGCCACCCAUCUUAACCUAGUCCAUCAUUAUUUAUUAGGUAGUACCAAGUACAUUUCCAAACCAAUGUUUCUAGUGUCAGAAGAAAUUUUGAACAUUACUGGACCUGAUGUUGAAAGAUGUUAUGUUAGCCAUUGUGAUAAGUGUUUUUUCAGCAAAACCAAUUACAACCAGUUAAAAUUAUCUGUAAGUAAAACAGGCGUUUUACUAUAAACACUUGGUAUAAGGCGUUGAGUACUAAUACAAAUACAUGGGUUUUUAGAUUAUUAUCUAUGCACCAUGUUGACUGUGUAUGGAAGCAUCAGAAUUCUUUUUAAGUUAUUACAAAAUUGUUUAAGGUAUUACAAAUUUGCAUAGGGCUGAAAUAUUACUUUUAUGCUAUAGUUGUCUAUUGAAUUGCACAAUGAGAUAAAGUGAGUCUUCGAAAUCUCAGAAACCUCAAAGCUUUUUAAGGAAACUGAAACUAUGACACUUUUGGUAUUUACUGUACUAAAUUCAUUUGUACAUUAGUUUUUUGAUAACAUGCAUGUACAAACUAAUAUUGGUUGUAACUUUUUAAACCGGAUCGAAACACUUUAAAGUCACAAUUUUUUUAGGCCAUCCAAUUAUAUUAAUAUUUUAUACCAUUGCUCUUGUUUCCUAAAGAAAUUUCAAAUACACAUUUUUAUCUCUCUUUUUAUUUUAGUCUCCUCCACGAUCUCUCUGCUGAGCAUGUGAAGAAUUAUUGUAUGCAUAAAUGUAAUAUUUUAGACUUGUGCUAGUGUACUCUUUUCCUUGUCUCAAAACAUUAUAAAAAUCCUGUAUUUAUAAGAGUUUAUUUGUGCUUGAAAUUUGAAUGAAUCUCAAAAAGUGUUGAGAAUCUUUAUGUGUGUUUUAUACAAUAUGUGUAGUCAAAUUGCUUAAUGUUUUAAAGCCACUUCAGAAUUUUCAAUAAUAUAUCAAUCAAAAUUGAUUCCAUUUGAAUAUCAAUGAAAUUAAAUUACUCUAAUGUUGUUUACUGUGAUAAAACUACAAUUUUGUAAACUGUUAGGUUAUUUAUAUACUAAAAAAUAUAGUAGUUAAGGUAACCAGUUAACUUUUACUAGAUAAAAGUGAUCUCAAUAACAGGGUCAGGCCAGAAAGGAAAAUGUACAGCCAUCACAGGCCUUUAACGGAGUAUUUACGGAUUUAUUAGUUACCACAAUAACAUAAACAGGCACAUUUUAUUCAACUGAUUUAUGCUAUAAUCUCUUAACUGGUCACAAUCUCAAUUAGUCCCACAAAUUCAAAACAAAUAUUGACACUAUUAAUCGUCUUAUAAAAUAAAUUUUUAUGAGAGUUUGUAGUGUGUUAACCACUAUCUCCCGGUGUAUUAGCCGAUGCAUUUAUUUAGAAUAUUACAAAUGGUUCCAAAAAUAUUUCCAAUUUUUAUAAUUUAGUUAUAAUGGUUUCAUUUUCUUUACACUGCGUAAAGAUAUUUCGAAAACCUUUUCCUGUCGGUUUCAAGUUCAUUAUGAUUUUCUGGUUCAAUUUAAGUUAACUGAAGACUUCAAUGUACAACAAUACAUUGAUAUAUAAAAGAAAAACAUCAUGCAUAUAGUAAAAUAUUGUUUUAACCAACACAUAGGGUUUUCAUACCUUAAUUUCACUACCAAGCGAUGCAUUUUCUAAAAUUGCAUGGUCUGGUAGUGAACAUGUUAUUAUUGCAGGCUACUUAGUUGGUAAUGUAUGUUCCUAAGUUAAGAAUAUUUGUAAAAGUGUUAUUGUUUAUUUACCAUAAUAUUCCAAUAAAUACAAUAUAUGUUCUCCAGGGGACAGGUGUUAAUUAGAUGACCAGCUCUAAGCUUUACUACCACUCACUAGACUUAGUGUAGCAAUAGUCCACUUGUGGCCGUUGUAUUUAAAGUCAGCUGUACUGAUUGCUAUCAUGAUUUUAACCCCACAACAUUAAAAACUUGUACAGCCUUAUUUACGGCCAUAGCAUUAUGGGGAAUGUCUCAUUUUAAAGAUAUGAUUAAUGUGCAUCCAAAUUUUUUCAAAAUUUGUUGUUGGUUGAUAAGAAAAAAAUCUCAAAAGUGUUUUGUACUUUGUUGUUUAAACAAAUAAAAAGUAAACACUUUGCAAAAUAAACUGAUAACAUUUUGGAUACAAAUUAACCAUACCUUUAAAAUGAGACCUCCCAUAAUUCUACCACAAGAACUAAGUUUUUAAAUGUUGGACGUUUCAAUUUUCUUAUGUGUAAAAACUCAUUUCACUAUAGCUGACUCUUAAAUAAAUGACCUUCUAUACAUUGUUUUUUGUUGUGAACUAUCCAAAACACUAGUUUAGAACAAAUGUUUGUUCGAGCAUUAAUGCUUUAUAUGUUUAUUCAGAUAUUUCCAUAUAAUAUUUCAAAGUAAGUGCGUCUUGCUUAGAAAUGUCUUGUAAAUGUUGAGAUGUUUGGAUUUGAUGUACAAUAAGCUCAAUAAACUUGCAUCACCAUAGAAAAUAAAUGUUAUCGUAAACUUCCUUUCGCUUAUAGUUGAACAUGUAUUUUCUGUGAUAGUAGAUUUUUGUAUAUACGUAUAAUGAGUGUUAACAUUCAAACUUAAGAUUGUAAAUAUUUAGUUAUUAUUUGUAGUUGUUUUAAUUUUGUUUUGAGCAGGUUUUUAUGACAUAACUGUCAUAACAGAACCAUUACAGUCAGAAUGACAAAGUAUUGUUGUAGUAUUUUUAUUUCUGUGUUUUGUUUUAAAGUGAAUAAUUCACUUAAGAUAUAGAAAUCUUUAUUCCAAUUUAUAUUUAUUGUUAUGUUUUGUAUGUUUGAAUACAACUACAAAAUAAAUAUCAUAAAUUUAUA